AUGCCUAGGGUAUAUAAAACAAAAGAAGGUGCAAGAAAAAGAAUACCAAUCGAUAAGGAAAUCUUGGAGUUGGCUGUUAAUGAUGUUAUAGGGGGUAAGAGUAUUCGUGGUACUGCCAAAGGUUACGGGAUAGCAGUUAUGACACUGAAAAGAUAUGUCAGAAAGAAGAAAAAUGCUACGACUGAAAAUAUUGAUUACACGCCAACCUAUCGCCAGUCACAAAUUUUUUCGUCAACUGAAGAGACAGAACUUGUUAGUUAUUUAAUAAUGGCCAGUAAAUUGUACCAUGGAUUAACUCCUAAGAAUGUACGAGACCUUGCAUUUCAAUAUGCUUCUGAAAAUAGUAAAAAAAUACCACCAAAAUGGGUUGAACAGGAAACAGCUACUUACGAUUGGUUCUACGGUUUUAUGAAUCGUCACAAAGAGUUGUCAUUGCGUGUACCCGAAGCCACUAGUUUGUCUCGCGCCACAGCUUUUAACAGACACAAUGUUGGAACUUUCUUUGAGAAUUUGAAAAGCUUAUUACAGAGAUUUAAUUUUGGGCCGGACCAAAUCUGGAAUGUAGACGAAACUCGAAUCACUACAGUUCAUAAGCCAAAAAAAAUUGUAGCAUGUAGAGGUCUUAAACAAGUGUCUAAGGUCACAUCUGGAGAACGUGGGCAGCUUGUUACUGUAUGUGGAGCUAUAAAUGCUAUAGGUAACCACCUUCCACCAUUUAUUAUAUUCCCACGUAAAAAUUGGCAGCAACGAAUGAUAGAUGGUGGCCCACUGGGUACUGAAGGAGCUCCACAUCCGAGUGGAUGGAUGACUGUACCAAAUUUCCUACUUUUCCUAAAAAAUUUUCAUAAGCAUAUAAGAUGCACCAAGGACAGCCCUUGGGGCCUACCAUGA